AUGUAUCGAUCAAAUUUCGUCUUCUGUGCUGAGGUGGUGGUGGCGGACUCGGACGGUAUUGCGCCCACCAUUUUGCUGACCACGCCACUGAAAAAGUACCACUUCAAUAUUGCAGAGGGCUUUAGUCGCCUGGCGAUGGAACAUGGGGUGAAGGUGGACAACAGCUGCAGCAUAUUCUUCACCUUUGAUCACAGCCCUGCCAGUGUGGGUGGCUUGGGUGGACUGCUAUAUCGGCUCCGUGAUGUUGGUGCUACAAAAAUUCUUUUUGUUGGCCCCAAAGGCAUCAGUGACGUUUUGGAGGGCUUCAAGAUGUUGUCCUACUUCAAGGCGCCCAUGAUGCCUUCUUGCUGCCCUCUGACGAAGAAGAGCCAGGGCGUGGUUUAUCGAGACGAUUUCAUCGAUGUCGCAGCUGCCAUGAAGAACUGGGAGAGGUCCACGGUCCCCAGCUGGUUGGGUGCUUGUCCGUGUUGGAUUCGGAACCCAUGCAAGGGGAAGCAGGUGAUAGAUUUGGUGGGCGAUGAGGAAGAGGAGCUGGUGGAUGUGGAGGUGGAUGAAGGCAAGCAGGACGUCAUUGUGAUAGACGUAGAUGAGAGUGACGAUGAUGCAGACAGGCAGAGCAUAGACUGCCUGACUGAUGAGGAGCUGCCUCCAGUGGGCUCAAUGAUCGAUCUGCUCACCAGCGACGAUGAAGAUAGCGGGGCUCAAACCACAGAGCCUGCUGCUGGGCACCCAAUCAGGCUAACUUGCCCUCCCUCAGCAUCAACCCCUCAGGAGGGUAUGGUCACAGCCGUUGGGCCCAGCCGCAACCAACUCAAGGGGUCCCGCGCCCGCACACUGCCUGGGCACCCAGAUACUGAUGUUGGCUGUCCUGGAGUGGAGGCUGCUGGGGUGUGCUGCAAGGCUAUCCAGAACCCUGAUGUUAUCAGUUUGAUCACUCCCAGCACCUCGACAGGGGAAGAAGACUACAUACCAUUACCUCAACGUGGUAGCGACCUUGUGCAAGGUGGCAUAGCACGUGGAGUGAAGAGAAUAAAGUUGGAUGAUGGGCCAGAGGGUGCAGGGAGGGGCAGCCAGCGAUCGAGUGCUCAAAGCGGUCCUUGCCAGGCCGGCUCUGGGACACAAUCCCUGUGGAGCCCCAAUGGGUCCUAUCAGGGCCCAUGGGGCCUGCCAACGGGCGUCGGUGCAAGUUGUCUGCCAAGCCAGCCAUUCGCACAAGGGGCUGUUGGGCCCAAGGAUGGAAAGAAUGCCGCCAGAAAAGAGGCUCUAAGCUUGUCAGCAGCUGAGGAGGUGGAGCCAGUGCUCGCGUACGUUAUUCAGUUUAAGGCAACAGAACAGCUGUUGGCGAUUAUUCGGUUGCCAGAUUUAGACUCCAAGCAGGACCUUGAAGCCCACCCAGUGUUCAAAGGGCUCAAGGCUAGCAGAAGCCGGGUGUCAGCCAUCUUCCAUAUCUCCAGUGAAUCCCUGCUGGGCCAGCCCGCAUACCAGAAAUGGGCUCGAUGCCUGCCAGGGAAACAGAUCUUUAUGAAGCGGGAAGCAACAGCGGCACUGGAGGAACCACAGUUCGGGCAUUCGAUCAGGCGGUCAUUGGAAGGCUCGGCCGAAGAGUAUGGUCAUCAGAAGGCUCUGGAGCUGACGGGGAGGUUGCAUGCCGUGUCGCCCCUCCUCUUCCCGCUGCCCUCUAAGGUCAGAAAAGAGCCCAUGGACGUGGAAGUACAGAAGGGCACACAGCGGAAGAGUACCCUGGAAGGCGGCCUGCUGUUCAGGGUCGAACAAUUGCAUCGAAGGGAGCUCGACGUCAUACCAGGCAGCCCUGUCAUCACUCCUUUGGGGCUGGGCAUUGACACAAUUGCCAAUGGUCAUCAAUGGAUUCUUCGAGGAACUCAUGAAGUGGGCGCCUACCUUUAUCAUGGGUUUUUAAUAUGA